AUGAAUUCUCAAUGGAGAAUGUAUGGGAGGCAGAAAACUCACGUUAUCCGUUAUGGUAGAGCAGUCAGACUGAAUACACAUCAGUGCUCGGAGGAAUUAUUUCGAUUGAGUAGCUAUAUCAUGGAUAAUUACAAGCAGCUUUUAUCUUUAGCAAAUAAAUUAAAAAAAAAGCAAAGGAUUCGCUAA